UAAUGAUUGUGUCCAAAACCGAUUCCUUAAAAGAUUCAUUGCCAAUGUCUGUCAAGUUUUUCAAUCAGAUAUUUGAAUUUACAAAGCAGGAAACUUCAAAAUUAAAAUGUAAACAAUCAAUGAAACAGAACACCGUGAAAUUGUUAAAGCAAGAAUUUUAAUAGGCACCGCUAUUUGGUUACAAAACUCUUUUUAGAAAAUUAAUCGCAAUGACAACUUUUCAUUCUAGAAAUGCGUUUUAUAUCAUCAGCACAAUUUGUUACGCUUUAGGUGUGUCAUCAAUAGAAGUGGCCACAACAAUUCCUAGAAAGGUAACAGAUAUAUUGAAGAAGACUAACGUAUCAGAUAUCAAAGAUAUUCUUAACAAUUCAAGGAGAAUUGUUGUUGGAACUGAAGCUUUGAACAGUAGACCUUAUAUGGUAUAUUUGAAGUUGCCCACAAACAAUCCUAAGUAUAAAGACUAUAGACGGUGGCUCUGUGGUGGGGUUAUCAUCCACGAAGAGUACGUUCUCACAUCUGCCGCCUGCAUCGAGGAUGCCAAACACUUCUACAUCGUGUCUGGCACUUACAAACAUGACGCCAGCGAUGACCGUUUUUCUAACCCUUGCAUCAAAAAUGGAGCCAAAAAAGCCAUUUGGAAAUGUAUUCCUCGAAAUUAUGUAUUCGAUGGUCAUGAAAAUGACAAUAUAAGGUGGAUGAACAAUGACAUUGCAAUUGUAAGAGUUGAGGAUGAAUUCGACUUUACCCGCCGAGUUAGAGGAUGUGACUAUACACCUAAGCCCAUUUGUUACAACAACCAAAGUGCCAAAUUGGAAGAAGCAGGCAAUACGGCCAGUAUCGCUGGCUGGGGUAGUACAUCUAGGUACAGUGAUAAUCAGGGUUCUGAGAGUGGAAAGCAAAAUCUUCUAGAAGCACCAGUAACUAUAAUCUCAAAAAACCAGUGUAAGAAGCGAUGGGGAAAGCGGUACCAUAACAUUAUAGAUAAUUACAUGAUCUGCUCCAAAGAUAUAAUUCCGGAUCUUUCUGAAGUAUGCGCGGAGAAGUACGUGGAUUGCACAGACGUGCAGUAUUCAGAUUCAGAUGAAACUGACAAAAGACGAGUGCUCAAUCCAAAUGAAUUGGCAUUACAUUCAGCGUACCACAACGAAUCUACAAGAAGACAGGUUGUUGGCAGUGGAGGGUUUUGCGAGAAUGAUCAUGGUGGUCCUUUAGUAGCUGGUAAUUCUGGAAACGCGAUGGUCAUAGGCAUUAUUUCCGCUUGUCUGGUCAAAGAAAAUACAAACAAGUGCUACGGCCCCUUUCUGUACACCAGCGUCUACAAGAACAGGGUCCUCAUCAAUUGCGCUUUAUUUAAAGAGGCACAAUCUUCGUGUGAAAAACUAUUCCGAUCAGGAGGAACGCAUAUAGAAACUCAUUUGAGUUGGGCUGAUCAUCCUGAUGGGCCAGCGAAAAAUGAAGUGAAAAAGGCUAAAGAAGAAGAGCGAAGACGACAAUUUGAGGCCAACCUAGCCACUAAUACAACAACAUCGACUCCAUCAAACGUUACGAUAGAUGAAGUCAAGGAAAACAGUGGUAAUGGCACAAGAUUCGAUGAGAAAGAAAAACAAAAGCAAACAAACAGUACAAUACAUUAAUGUUCAAUAAUGCAAAUAACUGAGGGGCGAUUUUCCAAUCAUCACUUAAUUUUUAACAGUAGAAUAAAUUUGUUAUUUGUCAGUUUUUUGUAUGGAAGAAUUAUCAAAUAUUCAUAUUUAUUCCUCAGUUAAAAUAUAUUUUGCGUUGUAAAAAUCAGCCUUAAGUAGAUAAA